AACGCGUGUCACCGCCCAGGAAAGUCACCUCGAUGAGUCACGGUAAUGACAAAUUACCUCCCUUUGAAAGUCGGAAGGUGGGCGGAAAUGAAGAUCUCAAGAUUUAAGAUGGCUGCCACCUCUAAACCCUAUGUCUUAUAGCAGUGAUAAUAUUUCGGUAUUAAUGUAUGGAGGAUUGCUUGAUGAUGAUGAUCUAAAGGGAGAUUUCAAUAGAUUACGUUGAGAAGCACUUCGCUAUGUCUGCAGCGGAGCUUUACUGCAAGGGAGCACGGGUAUGGAUCCCGGAUCCCGAGGAGGUGUGGCGAGCUGCCGAGCUGCUGGAACCCUACACCGGGCAGUCCAAGCUCAAAAUACAGUACGAGGAGGGGGAGGAAUCUGCCAUAGAAAUAAAAGACAAGAAUCUGCCUCAUUUACGAAACCCGGAUAUUUUGAUCGGUGAAAACGAUCUCACCUCUCUAAGUUACUUGAACGAACCAGAAGUUCUGUACAAUCUGCAGGUCAGAUUUGUGCAACAAAACCUCAUCUAUACAUACUGUGGUAUAGUGUUAGUUGCCAUCAACCCGUACGAGCAGUUAGACAUCUACAACAAUGAUAUCAUCCAGGCCUACUGCGGCCAGGACAUGGGCGUUAUGGACCCCCACAUCUUCGCCGUUGCAGAGGAGGCAUUCAAGAAGAUGACAAGGUUUGAUGAAAACCAGUCCAUUAUCGUCAGUGGAGAAUCUGGUGCUGGAAAGACGGUCUCUGCUAAGUACGCCAUGCGAUACUUUGCAACAGUUGGGGGGUCCCAGGCGGACAGUGAGACGCAAGUCGAGAAGAAGGUUCUCGCCUCAAACCCAAUCAUGGAGGCUAUUGGUAACGCCAAGACAACAAGGAACGACAACAGCAGUAGGUUUGGUAAAUACAUCGAGAUCACGUUCAGCAGGAAGCACGAAAUCAUCGGAGCCAACAUGAGGACGUACUUGCUGGAGAAAUCCAGAGUGGUGUUCCAGGCGGAGGAGGAGCGAAACUACCACAUCUUCUACCAGCUCUGUGCAUCAGCCAGCCUGCCAGAACUUGCCGAAAUGAAGCUGAAGUCAGCCGAUGACUUCUUCUACACCUGUCAUGGAGGGAGCCCGGAGAUCAAUGGGGUCGACGAUGCCAGUGACUUUCAGGUUCUACGGGAGGCUUUCAGUUUACUAGGUUUCUCUGGCAAGGAUCAAAUGAUGAUCUUCCGUAUCAUGUCUUCUGUACUACACUUCGGCAACGUUGUCGUCAGAGAGAAGGAGGGCGAGUGUUGUGAGAUUCCAAAACAAGAUGAGCAUUUAACGGUGAUGUGUCACCUGCUUGGCAUUGAAGAGUCGCAGAUGAGGAUGUGGCUCUGUAAUCGGUCCAUCCAGACAGUCAACGAAACCCUCACGAAACCCCUGACAGAGAACCAGGCCAGUUUUGCACGAGACGCCCUGGCCAAGCACAUAUACUCCCAAAUGUUUAACUGGAUCGUUUCCCACGUUAACAACGUACUACGGAACUCGGUCAAGACAAAAAACAAACUCAACUUCAUAGGAGUCCUUGAUAUUUAUGGGUUUGAAACAUUUCAAAUCAACAGUUUUGAGCAGUUCUGUAUAAACUACGCAAAUGAAAAACUGCAGCAGAUAUUCAAUAUGCAUGUGUUCAAGCUGGAGCAGGAGGAGUAUGUGAGGGAGAAGAUCGAGUGGUCGUUUAUUGAUUUCUAUGACAACCAGCCCUGUAUCGACCUGAUAGAGAACAAGCUGGGGAUCCUCGACCUGCUGGAUGAAGAGUGCAAGAUGCCGAAAGGAUCUGACCAGAACUGGUGUCAGAAGCUGUUUGAUAAACACCUGAAGAAGUCCAAGCAUUUUGACAAACCAAGGAUGUCCAUGAAGUCUUUCAUCAUCAUCCACUUCGCGGACCGAGUGACGUACACAGCAGACGGCUUCUUGGAGAAGAACAGGGACACCAUCUUGGAAGAGCAGAUCAACAUCCUCAAGGCCAGCGAGUUUGACAUGGUGGCCCAGUUGUUUGAAGAGGCGGGUGACAAGAAGGGACGGUCCGGGUCAGUGACGGUCACUCCCCUCCGCCAGUCAGCCAAGACGGGUAGCAAGCAACACAAGAAAACAGUUGGAUCACAGUUCCGAGACUCUCUCAAACUUCUGAUGGAGACGCUGAACGCAACCACGCCCCACUACAUCCGUUGUAUCAAACCCAAUGACUUGAAAGAAGCGUUCGAGUUCAAUCCAAAGCGAGCUGUGGAGCAACUGAGAGCUUGUGGUGUGCUGGAGACUAUCCGCAUCAGCGCUGCAGGGUACCCAUCAAGGUGGACCUAUGCCGAGUUUUUCCAGCGAUAUCGUGUGCUGGCUGUUUCCAAGGAUAUCAUCAAGAAGAACCUGUUGAAGACAUGUGAAAACAUUCUCAUCAAGUUGAUUGCAGACCCUGACAAGUAUAGGUUUGGAAAGACGAAGAUAUUCUUCCGAGCGGGUCAGGUGGCGUACCUCGAGAAGUUGAGAGCCGACAAGCUUCGUGCCUGCGGUGUCAUGAUACAGAAACACAUCCGAGGCUGGCUGCUGCGGCGCAAGUACGAGAGAAUCAGGAAGUCCGUGCUACUGGUGCAGACAUUUGGACGGGGCCUGCUGGCUAGAAGAAAGGCAUUACACCUCCGACAAACCCAUGCUGCCACUGUCAUCCAGUCCAAGUGGAGAAGCUACAGGAAGUGGUCCGUCUACAACAAGCUGCGCGCAUCUGUCAUCCUGCUGCAGGCCAAGAUACGAGGCAACUUUGCUCGUGAACGUUACAUUGGCUUGCUGAAGCAGAACCGUGCCAUAGCGAUACAGCGGACGAUCCGUGCCUUCCUGGCCAGGAAGAGGUUCAAGAGAGUGAUGCGUGGGAUCAUUCUCCUUCAAUCCCAUGUCCGCAGACGCAAGGCGAAGAAGGAGCUGAAGACUCUCAAGAUUGAGGCCAAGUCUGUAGAACACAUCAAACAUGUCAACAAGGGCCUGGAGAACAAGAUUAUUGAACUCCAACAGAAGCUUGAUUCCAAGGCUAAGGCUGUUCAAGUGCUCAAGGAAAGCGAGAAGAACGCUGAAGAGAUGAAGGAAGAGAUCCAGAAACUGCGAUCAUCAGACCAGGUUGCCAAAACAUCAUCAAAUCGCGUGCGUGAACUUGAGGAGGAGAUUGCCCGUCUCAAACAAGACCUCGACAACGAGCGAGGAGAGAAGGAAGACGUUAUAUCAGAGAAACAGCUGCUCCAGAAAAACUUGAACGAGAUGUUGACCAAGUAUGAAGAAGAGAAAGUGAUUCUUAAGGAGGAUCUUGAUGCAGCAAACCUCCUUCUGAAACAGCAAGAAGAACAGAAUGCACAAAUUAUCAAGGAGAAGCUGGAAGCUGCUAACAAGCGCUUGUUGGAGGAGUUUGAGUCGGAGUGAAGCCACCACCAGAAGAUGGUUCGAGAACACGGGCGUCUGCAGCAGCGUCUUGAGAACCUGCAGGGAGAGAUGAGUGUCCUGAAAAGUCCCACCGGCGGCCACCACAGAACCCCCUCGGACAUCAGCGCCAUCAGCGUGGACUCCUACAGCAGCUCCGCCGUCGUGGAGAGGGGGGCCGAGGACAAGCGAGAGGAUGACGAGGACCUGGGCUAUGAAACAGCCAAGAGGAAAGCAGCACCACCUACCAGUCUGCUUGACUCGGUCGUGAACGAGGUCACAGGGAAGAAGCAGGAGGGAGAGCCGAUAGACGUGGGUCUGGUGCUGAAGUUGCAGAACCGCGUGAAGGAGUUGGAGCGAGACAAGCAGUCCCUGCAACGCAGCGUGGAGAGGAUGGAGGAGGAGAGCCCUCGGGCAUCGCCCACCAUGAUGUCUGACUCUGCCUUCGAGGCUCUCAAGCAAGAAAUGGGUGCAAAUGCAGAUGACGUAGCCCUUGUAAUUAAACUACAAAAACGAGUAAAGGCUUUAGAGCUCGUUAAAAACAAACUGACAAACGAGUUGGAGGAGCGAGAUGAUAACGAAAAUGGCAAAGAGAGAAUCGGUGGUGACCUCGCCUAUGAGAGUUUGAAGAUGCAGGAACUUCAGAAUGAGAACGACAAACUGAAACGUGAAGUAUCCUCUCUCAACAAGUCAAUUGCCGCAAGUACAAACUUUGACAACAGUGGCAAGAUGUCUCCCGCCGGCAAGAAAUUCCUCGGAGGAUCUAUAUUAAGACGUCAUUCACAGAGGGGGAAAAAGAAUGAACUGGAAGCGAUGCGAGAGGAGCUUGAUCGACGGAGAGACGAGUGUCUCCACCUACGGGCAGAGUUGGCGGACCGCAGCAUCACCACGCACACCGUCGCUAAGGAGUCCUACGGCGGCCAUGACGAGAUGGUGAAUGAAGACAAUGAGAUCGUCAUGGCUUUCAAGACACAGAAGGACCUCAACAGGUUACUUCAGACACAAUUAGACAAGACCGAGAAAGACUUCAGAAAGAAGGAGGACGAUUUACAAAUUGAAAUCAAGGAGCUGAAGAAAGAGAAUGACCGACAACAGAAACUCAUUGGACAGCUGAAUGAAAUAACAAGUAACCUCACACUUGGCCCAGAGGCGAGGAUUGAGGCGACGAUGCAGCAUGAGAUUACAAGACUCACUGGUGAAAACUUGGAUCUUCGUGAGAUGAUUGACAAGCAGUCCGACCAGAUCAGGAAACUGAAGAAGAUGUUGAAGGUGUACUCGAAGAAGCUUAAAGAUGGCGAAGCUGCAGAGAUUCAGGCAGAGCUGGAGCAGGAGGAGAGGAGCAGCGCCAAUGGCGCCCUGGCGACGGUGAAACACAGACAAAGGAUAUUCCUUGGCAUGCUGGAAUACAAGAAGGAAGACGAGGGCGCCCUGUUGAAGAACCUUAUACUUGACUUACGGGCCAAGUUCUCAUCUGGCCAGAUUCCUGGCCUCCCGGCGUACAUCCUGUUCAUGUGCGUGCGUCACACCGACUACACCAACGACGACGAGAAGGUCCGCUCCAUGCUCACGGGCACUAUCAACAGCAUCAAGAAGGUGGUCAAGAAACACCCUGACGACAUAGAGCGGUGUACAAUGUGGCUGGCAAACACGUGCCGCCUACUCCACACACUCAAGCAGUACAGCGGUGAGAAGACCUUCCAGGCGGAGAACACCCCCAAGCAGAACGAGCAGUGUCUCCGCAACUUUGACCUGUCGGAGUACAGGCAGGUGUUCAGCGACCUGGCGGUGUGGGUGUACCAGGGCCUCAUCAAGGUCAUGCAGGAGAUGAUACAACCUAACAUAGUGCCUGCUGUGUUGGAGCAUGAAGCUAUCGCAGGUCUGACGGCCAGUAAACCCUCUGGUCUCCGCGGCCGCAGCAGCAGCACUGCCCGGGAUCCUGACGACGAUGACAGCAAGGUGUACUCCCUGGACUCACUCAUGAGAUCGUUGAACAGCUUCAUGAGGAUAGUGACACAGCACGCUGUCGACCCUGAGCUUGUCAAACAGAUAUUCAGACAGCUCUACUACUUCAUCUGUGCUGGAGCACUCAACAACCUCCUGCUGAGGAAAGAUAUGUGUAACUGGUCCAAGGGCAUGCAGAUCAGGUACAACAUCAGCCACCUGGAACAGUGGCUGCGAGACAACAAGCUGCACGAGUCUGGCGCUACAGGCACGCUGGACACCGUCAUCCAGGCGUCGCAGCUGUUGCAGGCUAGGAAGACCGACGCCGAUGUUGAGAGCGUGUGUGAGAUGUGCUCCAAACUCACACUUCCACAGAUCGUGAAGAUCCUGAACCUGUACACGCCGGUGGACGAGUUCGAGGAACGAGUGCCAAUCUCCUUCAUCAGGAAGAUCCAGGAGAAGCUCCGGUCCCGAGAAGGUACCACCAACACUCUCCUCAUGGAGACCAAGUUCUCCUACCCCGUCACCUUCCCCUUCAACCCAUCCUCCAUCGCCAUGGAAACCAUCGAGGUGCCUGAGCAGCUCCAUCUAGGAUUCCUCAAGAGGAUAUGAGGAGAUAACUGUGUUGAUUAUCUAGGAAAUAGCAUGGUCGGGCUAUUGUUGGGAGUCAUGUCAUGUAUAGAGACAAAUUUACAUCUGACACUGAAAACACUGAAGAUGAAAUGUUGGAUUUGUUACUCGACAAACUAUCUUCCUGUUCUGUUUGAAAUAUUUCAAGAUUUCAGUUCAGGAUGGCAACCAGUUGACUCCGAGCUACAGUAGUCGAUUCUUUCACCAGGAACCUAUUGUGUAUAUUUUGAACAGGAUCCUAAUGGAUCAUCACUUCACAAGUCACAAAACAAAAAAUGGAUCAAUGAUCCAGAUUUGGAAUCACAAGUGAAAAUGGGCUGAUAUGUGAUCCAAAAGUAUCACUUCCAGGAAUGUCACCCUCUAAAGGAGCAUCAACGGUCUGUUGGAUCGAGGUCUGUAGGAUCAUGGUCUAUUGGAUCGUGGUCUGUAAGAUCAUGGUCUGUUAGAUCGAGGUCUGUAGGAUCAUGGUCUAUUGGAUUGAAGGCUGUAAGAUCAUGGUCUGUUGGAUCAUGGUCUGUAGAUCAUGGUCUGUUGGAUCGUGGUCUGUUGGAUCACGGUCUGUAGGAUCAUGGUCUAUUGGAUCGUGGUCUGUAAGAUCAUGGUCUGUUAGAUCGAGGUCUGUAGGAUCAUGGUCUAUUGGAUCGAAGUCUGUAAGAUCAUGGUCUGUAGGAUCAUGGUAUAUUGGAUCACGGUCUGUAAGAUCAUGGUCUGUUAGAUCGAGGUCUGUAGGAUCAUGGUCUAUUGGAUUGAAGGCUGUAAGAUCAUGGUCUGUUGGAUCACGGUCUGUAGGAUCAUGGUCUAUUGGAUCGAAGUCUGUAGGAUCAAGGUCUAUUGAAUCACGGUCUGUUGGAUCACGUUCUGUGAAAGCUGUGAAGUGAUUACUGCAGACUGUAAGCAUUUGUGAUAGAACAGUGUUCGAGCGUUGAUCAAACCAAGAAACAGACAACAACAGUUUCAACCCGUUUCUAUGGUUACAGUUGGAACAAGUCAGUACAGAUGGUGGUUUCAGCCACAGCACUUUUAAUCAUCACAGGUUAUGUGGGCAGGGGAGCAUUCAGGGAAUCUUAUUAAUUUGAACCCUGAUAAUCUGGAAAGCUUUCAUUCUGGCAAUUAAAAUGAUGUAGAUGUAA